GGCAACUGAAAAGCAUUGUAAUAUGGCGACUAUUUAGCAAGUGUGCGAAAAUUUUAGUAACAGAACUUUGUGAAACAUGUCAACGUCAAAGUCCCGCAAAAGUCAAUACCUAAAUCCAGGUACCAGCCAAGUUGCAGCCAGCACUACAUCACGGAAGGGAAAUGUUGGUGCUUCAGUGAAUAAAAGCAAAUAUGGAGGGGGUGGUACUAUGUAUGCCAGUGUCCGAUCACGGACUAAUAUCCUGUCAUCAGCCAGCAAAAGAAGUGUGGCUCAGAGUGACAAGGCAGUUACCAAACCACCUGUUCAGGUGUUAGAUGAAGCUGGUAAUGAUGUGACUCCACUUCCCCUGCUACAUUCAGAUCCAUCAGCUGUGAAGAAGAACCAGAGUAACAUUCUGGCCGACAGCUCUGCUGGAACACCCACAGAUCUCAUGUCCCAAGCCUCCAUUUACAACACAGGAAAUGUCACAGCAAGUACAUUUGGAGGCGGACCCUUUACAAGGUCUGUGUUCAGUGCAUCUCAAGGAACAACUUCAGAUUCUAUGAUGGGGGAGGAUAUUACAGAACCCUCCCAAGAUAUGUCUUCAGCAUGGGCAGAUAUUCGUCACAAGAGAGAGGAAGUAAAGGAGACAUUGACGGAUGCCGACCUGGAGAAGAUAGUUGACCUGACACUGACCGAGACAGAAACCAUCUGGUUACUGGACAUGCCUGGAACCUCUGUGUCAACAGAGUCUGAGGAAGCAGCAAGUGUUAAAAAGAGGAACGAAGAGUACCAAGAGUUAAAGAAGACAAGAGUGGGGAAUGACAGGUAUGCAGAGAGAGGGAUGAACACAUUCAAUGAACCAGCCAAGUAUAAAACAGUCCAGACAACAAAGAUAACCUGUGUAGACUCAGGUGUCAUGGCAACAACUUGGGACAUGUAUGACACAUUUGAACAGAGGGACCAAGAAAUCCGAGCAAAAGAGAAAGAGGAAGAAGAAGAGGGUACAAUCAGUCGACCGAGCAGCCCAAAGGAGGCAGAGGAGGGUAAACCAGCCUCCAAGACAGACAUCGGGGAACCCACAGGACUGGUCCGCGAAGACUCUGUGAAGCCUCAUGUGUCUGAGCGACCCCCUACAGAGAGUCGAGCGACCAUGGCCUCCUCUGUUGCCGGUUCAGAGAGCGUGUUUGCCAGCAAAGAAACUGGAGUGUCCUCCAUUCCCAGUGAUUUAUCAGCCGUAGAGGAGGAAAAAAUAUUCAAGUCAGAAAAUUUCCAAAGAGAUUUAUUUAUUAUGGAGCGAGUGGUAAACCUGAACACAUAUCAACCAAAACAGGCAUUAUACAGGAAUUUCCCCAUUAUACCAGAUAUGGACAGAGAGAGUACAGAGCUAGGAGACAAACAGGUCAGCAUGGUCAGUGACAUGGGGCCAAACUUUGACCGUCUCUGGUCCUACUCAUGUAAACUGACCAGUGGACGCAACAUCAGCUGUAUGUCUUGGAACAAGCUCAACCCAGAUCUGGUUGCUGUAGGAUACGGGGAAUUUGAAUUUUCAGAUCAGAAGUCCGGCUUAAUCUGUUGCUGGUGUCUUAAAAAUCCUGAUUAUCCUGAGAGAGUGUAUGCCUGUAAGGAGGGGGUUACAGCUAUUGAUUUCUCCAAGGCCUACCCCAAUCUUCUGGCUGUUGGUAUGUAUGAUGGAGGGGUUGCCAUUUACAAUGUGGCCAGCAACAAGGAUGAACCAAUCAUUGACAACUUCCACACACCUGGUAAACACACAGCGCCAGUGUGGCACAUAAAGUGGAUCGAGAAAGAGCGGGGGUCAGGGGAGGAGACAUCAGAGGUAGUAGUCUCCAUCUCUACAGAUGGUCGGGUCACUCAGUGGUCCAUUAGGAAGGGAUUCGAGUGCUAUGACAUCAUGAAACUGAAGAGAAUGCCCACAAGAAUGGGAGGAAAGAAAGAGAAGAAAGGUGAGGCCUUUAUCUCCAGACAUGCUGGAGGGAUGUGCUUUGACUUCCACCCCAAAGAACCAAACAUAUACGUAGCAGGGACUGAAGAGGGCCAUAUCCACAAAUGUUCUUGUUCAUAUAAUGAACAGUAUCUAGAGACCUAUUAUGGGCACACAGGUCCAGUGUAUAAGAUAGAGUGGUCCCCCUUUGUCAGUGACAUCUUUAUGAGCUGCAGUGCUGACUGGAGCAUCAGACUGUGGCACCAGGAGAGGACACAGCCAAUCCUCAACUUCUUCUCCUCCACAAAAUCAGUAUAUGAUGUUGUUUGGUCUCCUAAAUCUUCCACGGUGUUUGCUUGUGUGAACGAGGGAGCUGUGGAGGUCUGGGAUCUCAGUAUCAGCACGUUGGACCCAAUCAUCACCAAUAACCCAACAUCAGGUGCCAAAAAGACCUCCGUCUCCUUCUCCAAGAACUCAGAUUGUAUACUGGUAGGUGACAGUAAAGGAGAACUAACGGUGUAUCAGCUCAGAAGUAUGCCUGAACCUCCAGCUAAUCAGGAGGAUGCAUUAAGGAACGUGAUCAAGGCUUCCCUGGCUAGUCAGCUACAACAGGACCUAAAAAAGAAAGAAGAGGAGGCCAAGGAAUUAGAACAGGACAUUGACGAGGACAUCUAGAUAACGAGGAUAGAAAGGGCAAGACAGACCACAAAGCAAGCACAGGGAUCUGUGUCAUGUGUGCAUUUAUAAGAACUUCAUCACCCAUACAUGUUUUACUCCCUUUAUUGAAUGGGAAAAGACUUGACAACCUUGAUAACACAUUUGGGAUGUAAUUGUUUAUUUGGACAGUCUUUAUGAUGUUAUUUGAAUUAUAUGUCUUACUAUUGUUGAGACUCUGAAAAUUCCGUCCUGUCUUGUUUUUGUGAUAUUAACAACUGAACAAUUAUUUUUUUGUAUUUCUCAUGUUAAUUUUACAAAAUAUUAAAAUAUACAAAUAGA